AUGAGCUUCGCACGUGUAUUCGUUUUUCUUCAACUCAUCACUUAUUGCUCAACGACACUUGGGAAAUGCCCACAAGGGUCACUGGAGUAUCUGGAACGUGCAGAGUGUAUCUAUCCGGUUGAUGCUGUAGCAACUUACUCCCAGGCAAGAAAAAUUUGCAAAAACUUUGGCGGCCAAAUCAUCACGAUUCGAGAUAUUUUUGAGAAUGUCAUGGCUGGCACACAGGCACAAACAACGCUCACCACAAACAGUCAAUCGUAUAUUGGCGUGAUUAAACAGACAAAUGGGACGUGGACAAAUGAUGACGGAACGAUGUUAGAAUAUCAGAAUUGGGCGACAGGCCAUCCUCUACCAAAUAUGGGCUGCACACUACAAAAUGCUCAAAGUUAUCAGUGGAUUUCCGUGGAUUGUGGUACCACCUCGUCGUUUAUUUGUUCAAUACCCGACGCUUCCCCGGCGAUCACCACAACAGCCUUUCAUCCAAUUUGCCACGCUGGUUGGGUGCCAUUCAACGGGAAAUGUUAUUACUUUUACGAUGCGGCUCUGGAAGACAGAAUGGUGUCGUCCACAAUUUAUGGAGCAGAGGAAACGUGUCAAUAUUACAAUGCCACUGUUGUUUCUAUUCACAGUCAAGACGAAUUCGACUUUCUCAAGGAGGAAAUUGCAACUGACAGCACGAUUGUUGCAACCAUUGAUUGCGCCAAGGAUCAAGCUGUUAUCGGUUUAAUUUGUGCCGGUUUCUACAAAGCAUGGACAGAUGAUACAUCCUUCAAUUUCGACGCAACGAAAAAUUGCACAGCUGGCACGAAUACGUAUGGGAUAAUCAACGACCCGCGAUGUCUACAAAGUGCUUAUUGGAGCAAUUGGGGAGAGGAUUUCUUCUACAACCGCUUCAUAUGCAAGAAA